AUGUGGAUAGCGACCCAGUACGCUAUGAGUAUAGACAGCCAUGUAGAUACACUACCACAACCGCUCGUGGGGUACAAUGCAGGUUUGUAUGUACCAUAUGUACAGUACUAUACCGGUACGGUACGGCCGUCACAGCACCUCUUGUGCGUCGCCAUCAACAGCGGGGCCAAGCGAGUGCGCAAAAGAACGGAAAAGGAAAGAAGCGGAAAAGAGAUGCGUGUUGCAUUUUUUUUCUUUGAAUAA